CCCACUCUCUCUCUCUCCCCCGUCUCUCCUCCUACUCUAAAACGUCGCCAGCCUCUCCCCGGAUCGCUUCAAAGUCAGGAGGCCGCCACACAAGCCACGCGAUGGAGUCACGAGUGCUGAUGAUGAUGGUGGUGCUGAUUAUGAUGAUGAUCGUGGUGCCACACGUUCAGGCGCAAGUGGCUGGGCCCAACUUUGCGUGUGGAGGGCAUCUGUCCGGCGAGUCGGGGUUUUUCGGCAGUCCGGGGUUCCCCCAGAAAUACCUCGCGGAUCAGGACUGUGAGUGGAGGAUCACGGUUCCAAAAGAUCGAGUCGUCUUCCUCUCGUUUCGAUUCUUUGACCUGGAGAGUGACCCACACUGCAGGUACGACCACCUCUCGGUGUUCUCGGGGGUCGGGGGGGGCUCCGAGGGAGACUCCCCACAGCUGCUGGGCCGCUUCUGCGGCUCGUUCCGCCCGGGCGCCCUGGUGUCCACGUCCCACGAGCUGCUCGCUCGAUUCCACAGCGACGGCAGCGGUCAGCAGGGGGGGUUCGUGGCGGCCUACACAGCGGGGCAGCCACACCAAGCAGCCGAGGGCUACUGUGGAGGGCUCUUGGAGAAGGAGGUGGGCUCCUUCAAGACCCCCAACUGGCCUCAGAGCAAGUAUCCUGUAGGCAUCACCUGCUCCUGGCACAUCAAGGCUCCCUCCACCAAGGUGAUCGAGCUGUCGUUCCGCAAGUUCUCGCUGGAGCGUGACACCUUCUGUCGCUAUGACUACGUCUCCAUUCUCCAUGGCGACGGCGGAGGGACCAACAGCAGCGCCACCAAGUUCUGCGGGGACACGGUGCCUGAGCCCGUGACCUCGCCGGGGAGGGAGCUCUUCGUGCACUUCGUGUCGGACCGCAGCGUGCCGGCCGAUGGCUUCAUGGCCGAGUACCGCUUCCUGAACGUGGGCGGCCGCAAGGGAGACGGAGGGCCCCAGGCGACCAAGGCGCCCGCCCACAUCCCCGCCGCCACUGCCGCGCCCACCCCUGAGCCCUGUAAGGUGCCCUGCAAACGUCAGGGCAACCUGGAGACCAACUACUGCUCCAGCAAAUUCGCGAUGGCGGCGAAGGUGACGAGUGCCGGGCGGCGCCGUGGCGGCUCGUCGCUGGAGUUCGACAUCUCCGUGCUCGCGUCGUUCCGCGCCCAGGGCCUCGCCGUGGAGCAGGCCGGGCGGGUGGCCACCGCACGGCUCCUGGUCGCCUGCUCUCGCUGCCCCAAGAUCAAGACCGGCCACAGCUACAUCCUGAUGGGCCACGUGGACGCCGAGGGUCGGGCCGUGGUGCUGCCCUCCAGCUUCGUGGUCAACUACAAACCGACCCUCCGCUCGGCGCUCAGCAACAUCAAGAACCGCAACCCCUGCUGAGGGAGGGGGAGGGGGAGCGGGCGGGCGA